UUGCCCGUUUUCCCAAUGUCUACGAGCAAUCUUGUUUAAUUCGCGCCUUUUAACAGCGCCAUAAAGUUAACAAAUUCGCCUUUACGAUCGUUUUUCCUAUCUCCGAAGUUAAAGACAGUCUAUUUUAUUUAGUUCAUGCGUGACAUUUGAAAUGGGUAUUCGCGCGUUAACAUGUGUACAGUGGGGUGCUAUAUGAUUGUACGAAUUUAAACCGAAAUAAAAAGUUACAUGUGUGCCAGAUUUGUUUUAAAUUUAUUUAAAAAUGACCAUCUUACCUCUGGACACGAAUACAGCGAAACUUAUAACAACCACUCAAAUUAUAACUUCAGUAUCUAGUGACAAAGAAUUAAUAGAAAAUGCAUUAGAUGCUGAUGGAAAAAAUAUUGAAAUUAACUUGACAGAUAACGGAUGUACCCUAAUAGAAGUGAAAGAUGAUGGUUGUGGCAUUUCUAAAGUAGAUGCUUCCUACAUGGCUUUGUCAUCGUACACAUCCAAAAUUGUAACAUUCUCUGAUUUAGAUUCAUUAGAAACUUAUGGAUUUCGGGGUGAAGCAUUGCACGCAUUGAGUGUUGUGUCAGAUCUUAGAAUUAUAUCAAAAACAGAACAAGAUGAAGUAGCUGUUUCCUAUGACAUUGAUCGCUAUGGACAUAUUAAAAAAACUGAACCUUGUCAUAGAGCUACAGGGACAACAGUACAAGUGAAGCAAUUGUUUAAGCAUUUACCAGUAAGAAGACAAAUAAUUACUAAUUCAAAAAGAGCAAAUCAAGAUAUUAAAACAUUGGAAUCGUUAGUUAAAAGUUAUGGAAUGUGUAAAUUUGAUGUACGAAUAAGUUAUAAAGUAGAUAAUAUUAUUAAAUUCGCAAAACCUAGCACAGCUACUCUUGAAGAAGCAGUUACCUAUGUUCUUGGUAGAAAGGUGUCCUCCAAUAUGAGUUGGAUAAAUAUUGAAAAUACAGAGACUAAUGGUAAAUUAAUGAUUCCUUCCAAGGAAUUGCAAAAUGUAUCUGAAGCAUUUCAGUCUGGAGCACAAUAUAUUUUUGUAAAUAACAGACCUAUUAAGCACAAGGAACUGGAAAAGAUGUUAACAAAAAUAAUUUCAACAGCGCUAGAACAGGAUUCGUCGAGUAGGAAAAAACCAAUAUUUCUUUUGUACAUUUUCACAAAUUCUGGAAAUAUCGAUGUUAAUUUAGAACCGAACAAGACUAGUAUUUUCUUCAAAGAAGAGAGCAUAAUUCUUAAUACAAUACAAACAUGCCUCGAAAAUUUUUAUGGAAUUCAAAAACAAGUGCAAGAAGAAAAUGUUUGUGAUCAAUCGCUCAAUGAGUAUCAAGACUGUACGCAAAACGUGAUUGUUCCGAACGUAGAAAACGAAUGGCCAGCGUGUAAAAAACGAAAAUUAUUGACAGAAGAAAAUGUAACAGAUAAUAAUGAGAAAGUUGUUCCUAAAAAAUGUACCGAAAUUGUAAGCAAUUUAAAGUGUACUAUCACUGAUCAUUCCAACGAUAACGAGCAAGCUGCAAUUUCUGAAAGAGACAAAAAUUACGAUAUGGAACAUUUGGAUCUUCAAAUGCCAUCUUUAAAUCUGAGUGAAUCAGACUCAAAUGAAUCACAAAAUUUUACAUUACGUUGCAAGGAAUACGGUUCUCCGGAAUUAGUUGCUAAAACUAAAAAAGAAGAAACCGACGAUAGUCCUCCGAUUGAAUUAUCUCAAAAUCAUGAAACGUUAAGUCAGUUACCAACUGUAGAUUUGGGCGAAGAUUUUAACUGGGAUGAUUAUUCUCACGUGGACACAACUGAGAAAGAAAAUGAAAAGCAAAGUGCAAAUGUAAAAAGUGUGCAUGAAGAGAAUAAAUUAAGGACAAAGAAAUGUGUUACAUUAAAAGAAUGGAGCAAAGGGCACGUAUCUGAUUUAAAGGGAGGCACGGACGUACAACCUUAUAAUUAUUCCGAGUCAAACGAAUCAUCAGAUAAUGAUACGCAUCAUAAAAAUGUAUGUGCAGGUUUUCUUAAAUUUAUGAAGCACAUUAGAUCACAAGUUGCAAAAAAAAACGAUAAUCUCACAGCAGCACAAAUUGCAAAUACGGUGACUAAUCUUUGGAAAAGAUUGUCAUCCGAAGAACGUGGAUAUUAUAGAGAUCUAGCACGCGAGGAGGAGAGUGAACGCGAGAAAGAAAAGCAAGAAACGAAAAGGAAACACGUAACGGACGUUAAUAAAAAUAGAAAUAGACUUUUAAAGGCGUUAGAGAAAAUGAAAACCGUGAACCCUGAGAAUAACAAAAAUUUGGUAAUGAGAACUAUUGUACCAUGGGAUGUAAACUUAACGAAAGUUACCGGAAACUUUCUCGAUAAUAAUACAUGUAAAAAUACUAAUAUCAUUGUUGGAUUAUUACGUUCGAAUUUGUGGAUUGUUCACAAAUCUUCGCAUAUUUGGAUCUUAGACGCUACAACUUUGAAAAAGGAAUUAAAUAUAGCCGAUAGAAACGCUAGUGAGGAUACAGCUGAGAAUAUGGAGCAGCUUUUGAAACAGUGGUUUUCAAUAAAGGACGACUUAUCGUUAUUGCAUCCUAUACAUUCGCUGCCGCAAAAUAACGAUACUUCUUAAUUUAAAAUACUGUAAUUAUUUAUACAUUAUUAAAUUUGAAAUAAA